GUCAUUGUCAAUUGUCAUUUGUCAGUGUCAAAGAGGCGUUUGUCCCAUAAAUCCCAUUGCUAGCUAGCUCUUUCUUUCUUCACAGAAGUCAAAAUGAAGAUCGGACUUUGCGCCUACAGUGGCUACAAAAUAUAUCCCGGCCAUGGGAAGACCAUGGUUAAAGUGGAUGGAAAGACCUUCACAUUCCUGAACUCCAAAUGUGAAGCUGCUCACCUCAUGAGAAGAAACCCACGUAAGGUGACAUGGACUGUCCUUUACAGGCGCAAGUUCAAGAAGGGUCAAGAGGAGGAACAGACUAAGAAGCGCACCCGCAGAACUCAAAAGUUCCAAAGGGCUAUUGUUGGUGCUUCUCUCAGUGACAUCAUGGCUAAGAGGAACAUGAAACCCGAAGUCAGGAAAGCGCAACGAGAACAGGCUAUCAAGGCUGCCAAGGAAGCUAAGAAGUCAACCAAAGCAGCAAAGAAGACCACCGCACCUCCAACUAAAGUAAAGGCUCCUCCUAAAGCUAAGGCUGCGAAAGUCUCACAGAAACCAACAACUCGCAUUGGAGGAAAACGAUAAAAAUUAUAAAUUUUUAAGUGCAUAAA